UCACCCGGCCUCUUGUCCCAAGCUUUCUGGAAGGGAGUUUGACCAAGAUCGACCAUGACAACUUACAGCGACAAAGGCCCAAAGCCCGAGAGAGGCCGAUUCCUCCACUUCCAUUCCGUGACGUUCUGGGUUGGCAAUGCCAAACAGGCUGCCUCCUUCUACUGCAACAAGAUGGGCUUUGAACCGCUGGCCUACAAGGGCCUGGAAACAGGGUCCCGGGAGGUGGUCAGCCAUGUGAUCAAGCAAGGAAAGAUUGUCUUUGUCUUCUCCUCGGCACUCAACCCCUGGAACAAAGAGAUGGGCGAGCACCUGGUGAAACACGGUGACAGUGUGAAGGACAUCGCCUUCGAGGUGGAGGACUGCGAGCACAUCGUGCAGAAAGCUAGAGAACGAGGGGCCAAAAUCGUGCGGGAGCCCUGGGUGGAGCAGGACAAGUUUGGGAAGGUGAAGUUUGCUGUGCUGCAGACGUACGGGGACACCACUCACACUCUGGUGGAGAAGAUAAACUACACCGGUCGAUUCUUGCCUGGAUUCGAGGCCCCGAUAUCCAAGGAUCUCUUGCUUCCCAAGCUGCCCAAAUGCAACCUGGAGGUCAUAGAUCACAUAGUAGGAAACCAGCCUGACCAGGAGAUGGUGUCUGCCUCUGAAUGGUACCUGAAGAACCUGCAGUUCCACCGCUUCUGGUCAGUGGACGACACCCAGGUGCACACGGAGUACAGCUCUCUGCGCUCCAUUGUGGUGGCCAACUACGAGGAAUCCAUCAAGAUGCCCAUCAACGAGCCAGCGCCUGGCAAGAAGAAGUCCCAGAUCCAGGAAUAUGUGGAUUACAACGGGGGUGCCGGGGUCCAGCACAUCGCUCUCAAGACUCAAGACAUCAUCUCCGCGAUCCAGCACUUGAGAGACAGAGGAUUGGAGUUCUUGGAGGUGCCAUCAACAUACUACAAGCAGCUUCGGGAGAAUCUCAAGUCAGCCAAGAUCCGGGUGCAGGAAAGCAUCGACACGCUGGAGAAGCUGAAAAUCCUGGUGGACUACGACGAGAACGGCUACCUCCUGCAGAUUUUCACCAAACCCAUGCAGGACCGGCCCACGCUCUUCCUGGAAGUCAUCCAGCGCCACAACCACCAGGGCUUUGGGGCCGGCAACUUCAACUCGCUGUUCAAGGCCUUCGAGGCGGAGCAGGACCUUCGCGGCAACCUCACCGACCUGGAAACCAACGGGGUGGGCUCCAUCAUGUAGGCCCCGCCCCGCCGGCCACGCCCACGCACAGUUUAGAUCCCUCCCCAUAGGUCGGCUCGGGGAGCCGAGGCUCCGCCCGCCUCGUGGCCACGCCCACACUCCCUGUUCGCCUCGGGCCUCCUGAGUAAAGGGCCGCAGAAUCCAGGC